UCUCUAAUCUGUGCUGUCAAACACGUUUUCCUCGUGGAAAAUACGUAAACAACCGGAUUUUAAAGUGAAAUAACUCUAAAAUCAAGAAAACAAAUACUAUUUUCAAUAUGAGUGUGCCCAGUAAGCGUACAACUGCAAGAACCGAAAGAAUAUCGCCUAAAAGACCGAAAAAAGAAUGUAGCUACAAGGAGAACUGUUUCCGACGGAAUCCUACCCAUUUUAUGGAAUACUGCCAUCCUCAUUUAGAAUCAAUAUUAGACGAGUACGAUGGCUGCGGCAGAUUCAACAUACCAGACCAUUACAGCAACCAGCGCGGAAUGAUGAUGGAACAGCUGCAAAUCAUGCUGGACAAGAAAACGUAUGAGCCUGGGAAUAAGGCUGUUAGCAGCUCCAGCACCAUGCUACCAUCACUACCCACACAAACAGCAGGGCCAUCUACCUCAAGAGUAGCCUCACCACAGCCUGGACCAAGCGCACAGCCUGGACCAAGCUCACAGCCCGGUCCAAGUGCUCAGCCCGGUCCAAGCUGCCUUAGUAAUGGCCACCGUCAACCGAUCCCAAGUAGCAUGACCCAAAACAUGAACCAAGCUGGCCCAAUCAUGCCGAGCCCUGCAAAAUUCGACGCAUCACCGUACUAUCAUCAAUACAUUGGACCGCAAUACAAUUAUUCGCUCCCAGGCCCCAAUAAUAAUAACAAUUCACCCAGCGGCCUUGCUAUGCCUGGACCAAGUGCUUAUAAUAGACCUGAAAACCAUACUAGUCCAAUGGUUACAAGUUCUGCUACUACUACGUCGAAUGUUAAUGUUCAAAUGAGUGCGAACGCUACAUUGAGACCGGCAAAGAGGUUGACUGAUGAAGAGUACGCGAUGACUAUUGACAACUCCACCUACCGCCCCAUGGUCGCUCCCGCGCGGUCCGCGGAUGAGUUCCUGAAGGUAGUCCGGCCGCGCGGCAAGAUGGCCGACAAACACGCCGCCAGCGCGCCCUACCAUAUCUUCUAUACCGCCAUAACGGACGCGAAAGAGACGCACGAUCAGCCUUACUCUAUCACUUUCUUGGAACUCCUAGACUACAGUCUAGGCGAGCUAAAAGCCUCCCUUCAAAUCAACUUCAUGGUGGAACCGGGCUGGUUGCUAGCUCAAUAUUACUUCGCUGGGUUCAGUGCUAAGAGACUGACCAUAUUGUACGGCGACGAAAGCACUGGCAACGAUAUUCGCAGUUUGAGGGACAAGAAACCGCAUAUUGAUACCCAUUAUGUGUCGAUGCCGACCCCUUACGGGAAACACCACACUAAGCUAAUGCUGCUAUGCUACGAGGACGGCUCGAUACGGGUCGUGGUUUCCACAGCAAACCUAUACAUUGAUGACUGGGAGAACAGAACGCAAGGCCUAUGGUUCAGCCCGAGCUGCCCCGAACUCCCCGAAGCGGCGAUGCCUCACGACGGGGAAUCCCCGACGAUGUUCAAGAAGGCCCUCCUUCGGUACCUGAAUCAUUACCACUUGGCAAGCUUAGCGUAUUACGUGGACAGGGUGAAGCGAUGCGACUUCAGUCAUAUCAACGUGUUCCUAGUCGCAUCAGCGCCCGGGUCCCAUUUCGACGUAGACUGGGGCAUGACCCGCGUGGGGUCACUGUUGAGGCAACACUGUGCGGUCCCCGCCGCUGAAAACGACAAAUGGCCGCUGCUGGCUCAAGCUAGCAGUAUAGGCAGCUUCGGGAAAGAGCCCAAGUUAUGGCUGACUGGAGACUUCCUUCAUCAGUUCACGAAGAUAAAGAAUCAGCCGCAAGCGCUGUCACCGCAGCCGGAAUUGAAGCUUAUCUACCCGUCUUUAGAAAACGUGCGACAAUCGCACGACGACUUACUCGGCGGCGGGUGUUUGCCGUACGCCGCUAGCGCACACCAAAAGCAACUGUGGCUAAAUAGUUUCCUAUACCAAUGGAAAGCAACGCACACACACCGCAACAAAGCGAUGCCUCACAUAAAAAGCUACACACGGACCUCUCCGGACAACAAGCGCGCCGCGUACUACAUACUGACGUCUGGGAACGUGAGCAAGGCCGCUUGGGGGUCCAUUAACAAAGGAAACGCUGCGUUAAGGGUCAUGAGCUAUGAAGCUGGAGUGCUUUUCUUGCCUAAAUUUGUUAUCAAUGAAGACUUCUUCCCCCUAGAGCCUGGUGCAAAAAACCGUCUUAUCAUCCCAUACGACAUCCCUCCUACUAAGUAUACCAGCGAUAUGUCCCCAUGGGUCUCUGAUUACUUACGUUAAAUGCUGAAUAAUGUCAGAGUAAAUACAAAUGAGUAGGUCAUCUUCAUAGAAACGCACCGAGCGCGGUUUGUAUGUGAG